UGGCCCAUCUCUGCUUUUUGCUAGUAGCAACGCCUCCACUGAGGACGCUUUCGGCGGGUUCUGUUAAAAUGGCUGUUGCUGCCAGUGGAAACCCAGGACAAGAACAGUCGUAGCGGGUACCAGUACAAUUACAGCCGGUAUCUAAUAUAGCUAAGAUAAAGAGAACACCUCAACGUAAUGGCUACCAUAGAUCAAAAGUCACCAAAUGUCCUUCUUCAAAGUCUCUGCUGCAGGAUCACUGGGAAAAGCGAAGCUGAAGUAGCUCACCAGUUCCAGUAUGCAGUUAGAGUCAUUGGGAGUAACUAUGCUCCCACCAUUGAGAGGGAUGAGUUCCUAGUGUCUGAGAAGAUCAAAAAAGAAUUGCUGAAGCAGAGGAGAGAGGGUGAUGCAGCCCUGUUCUCUGAGCUCCACAGGAAACUCCAGACUCAGGGGGUUCUGAAACAAAGGUGGUCCGUCUUAUACCUUUUGCUCAGUCUCUGUGAAGACCCCAGGAAACCAUCCAGAGUGGGCAACUACGGGGCACUCUUUGCCCAGGCCUUGCCCCGGGACGCCCACUCCACCCCGUUCUACUGCACUCGGCCCCAGAGCCUGCCUCUCAGCUACCCCGAGCGCUUGGGGCCCGGGGCCGCUCAGAUCUCCACCAGCAUGGGCACCAGUGGCAUCAGCAGCCUGGGAGUGUACUCACUGAACGGGCCCACGCCCACACCUCAGUCCCUGCUGGCCGGGCACCAACCCCAGUCAGCAGGGCAGCAGCUGGGCUCUCGGCUUGCGUGGGCUCUCCCCACCACUCCCAACGCCUCAACCCUGGCACCUACCUCACGGGCCCCUCUGGGCCCCCCAGCCCUGUCCAACCGAGCCCCCAGACCUCGUCGUGAUGGGGACCCCACCUCCGAGGUUGGCGAGGGGGCGCUGGUCAGAGACAUCCUGUAUGUUUUCCAGGGAAUUGAUGGCAAGUUCAUUAAGAUGAGCAACACUGAGAACUGCUACAAGAUCGACUCCAAGGUGGCAGUCUGUAAGUCUCUGAGGGACACCAGCAGCCGAUUGGCCGAGCUGGGCUGGCUGCACAACAAGAUCAGGAAGUACACAGACUCGCGCAGCCUGGACCGUGCCUUCGGACUGGUGGGACAGAGCUUCUGUGCCUCGCUGCAUCAGGAGCUCAAGGAGUACUACAGACUACUGUCGGUGCUGCACUCGCAGCUGCAGGUGGAGGAGGAUCAGGGGGUGAAUCUGGGAGUGGAGAGCAGCCUGACCUUAAGGCGCCUACUGGUCUGGACCUACGACCCCAAGGUCCGCCUCAAAACCCUGGCCGCGCUCGUCGACUUCUGCCAAGGGAGGAAGGGAGGUGAGUUGGCAUCAGCAGUCCAUGCUUAUGGGAAGACUGGAGACCCUCAGAUGAGAGCUCUGGUGCAGCACAUCCUCAGCCUGGUGUCCCACCCCAUCCUCAACUUCCUGUACCGCUGGAUCUACGACGGAGAGCUGGAGGACACCUACCAUGAGUUCUUUGUGGCGUCUGACCCCACAGUGAAGACUGACAGACUUUGGCAUGACAAGUACUCACUGAGGAAGUCCAUGAUCCCCACCUUCAUCACCAUGGACCAGGCCCGCAAGGUUCUUCUGAUCGGAAAGUCCAUUAACUUCCUACAUCAGGUGUGCCAUGACAGAACCUCGCCUGGGAAAAUCCUCCCCGCCGCCAAGUCCGUAGAUUCCCCGAAAGAUGCCGCGGAGCUGUUAUCCGACCUGGAGGGGGCAUUCCAGGGGAAGAUAGACGCGGCCUACUUUGAGACGAGCAAGUACCUGCUGAACGUCCUCAACCAGAACUAUCUCCUGCUAGAGCACCUGCAGGCCAUGAGACGGUACCUUCUGCUGGGACAGGGGGACUUCAUACGCCACCUGAUGGACCUGCUCAAACCAGAGCUGGCCCGCCCAGCUACCACGCUGUACCAGCACAACCUGACGGGCAUCCUGGAGACGGCGGUGAGGGCCACCAACGCCCAGUACGACAACGCCGAGAUCCUCAAGAGGUUGGACGUCCGCCUGCUGGAGGUGUCUCCCGGGGACACAGGCUGGGACGUCUUCAGUCUGGACUACCACGUAGAGGGGCCUAUCGCAACGGUGUUCACACGGGAGUGCAUGAACCACUAUCUGCGGGUGUUCAACUUCCUGUGGCGGGCCAAGCGCAUGGAGUACAUCCUCACAGACAUCUGGAAGGGACAGAUGUGCAACGCCAAGCUGCUCAAGAGCAUGCCAGAGCUGUCUGGCGUGCUACACCAGUGUCACAUCCUGGCCUCUGAGAUGGUCCACUUCAUCCACCAGAUGCAGUAUUACAUCACCUUUGAGGUGCUGGAGUGUUGCUGCGACGAGCUUUGGAACAAGGUGGAGAAGGCCCAGGACCUAGAUCACAUCAUCGCUGCCCACGAGGAGUUCCUGGACUCUGUCAUCUCCCGUUGCCUACUGGACAGCAACAGCAGGUCGCUGUUGAACCAGCUGAGGGCCAUCUUCGACCAGAUCAUCGAGUUCCAGAAUGCCCAGGACUCUCUGUACCGCUCCGCCCUGGAGGAGCUCACGUUGAGGCUGCAGUUUGAGGAGCGCAAGAAGCAGAAGGAUGCUGAGGGUGAGUGGGGCGUGACUGCGGAACAGGAGGCCGAGGAGAACCGGAGGAUCCAGGAGUUCCAGGAGACCAUACCAAAAAUGCGCUCUCAGUUACGGAUACUGACGCACUUCUACCAGGGCAUAGUGCAGCAGUUCCUGGUGCUGAUAAUGACCAGUCCAGACGAGAGUCUGCGCUUCCUCAGCUUCAGGCUGGAUUUCAACGAGCACUACCGGGCCAGGGACCCGCGUCUGAGGGCCUCGCUCGGGGCCACCAGGAGCCGACGGUCCUCCAACAUCUGACCUGAUCUGACCGCCAUGUCACACCGCGUAGGAAUCAGCCUGGACAGCAUUUAUAUGACUUUGAAGAUGAUAAUGGGGUCAAAUCGCAUCACGACACCACAGAAGGGCCUGACUUAAUCUGACAUGAUGACAUCAUAAUAGAACCAGUCAGAACCUAAACAUUACACAAGAGCCUGACAGAUUAUAUUAUUAGGGCUAAGUGUGGAUGGAUAAGAUGAUGACAUUGUAAAAUGGUGACUUCAGAUUCCAUCAGGCCUUGCAUUUUAACACCCCAAGUCAAAUAGGGCUAAAUGGGAAUCCUGUCAUUCUGACAUUAACAAACAACAGAGUAUUUAGAAAUGCUGCCUUUACCCGCAAUGUAAUUUGUCAGGUUACUCCCGCACAAACAAGCUUCAUUUCACCGACAAACAUCCACUUUUUCCAGAUGUUCCCAAUGUCCAAUUGGGAGCUGUGCGGUUUUCAAAGUAUUUUAUUUUUAAUGCUCUGAUCCAGUUGUGCGUUCACCUUUGACCCUUUGAGGUGUCUGAUUGGUUACCAUCAACCUAUGAAUUUCAUAUUGUACAUUUGAUAAUUAAAAAAUGUUAAUUUUGUUUUA